AUGGAGCAGCUUGGCGUCCAUCUCUUCCUUGCCUUGCGCAUUGUCGCUUCACCUUGUGACUUGGCCCGCCACGCCCCGCUAGUUGCCUCGACUAAUGCUUGGGCUGUUGCUUGGGCUGUUGCCUUACCUCGAAGGGGAGGUAAACUCGAUGCCGUGGCUCAAAGUUUGCCAGGUCACAAUAAUAUGACGUUGAUGCUCCAUCAAAAUUCCCAACACCUUCUUUGCGCAUCUCGGCCAGAUACUUGUCUCCGGCAGUCCAACUACCAACUUGGGAAUGGCUUCCGGUACGCUUGUCUUCCUCGACGCUUCUCAUCCAGUCCGUUGGCAAACAAGGUCUUUUCACUCGUCAAGACGCUGAAUCCGCCAAUGCGACAUUAUCUAAAGGAUCACUCCUGCCCCCUGGACAUGGCCAAUAUCUACCUAGGUACCUACCUAGCAAGGUUAUUCAAGACGGGCCCCACGCUUGCGCAACUUUUGCAUUCUGGGAAGACCCUUUGUACUCUACAGACGAUUCAGGCAACGGUUGAUCUGUCCCGCGCAUCGUUCUACACCAUUUUCCGGCUGUCGGCACAUGACGCAUAG